AUGAACGCCCCACAUACGUUCCGAGCUGGCGCGCGCCACGCGUCCCCGGCAACUCCAGGUGCGGGCCGCAGCUCUCGAGUCGGUUGUGUGGCCCGCACAUGGAGAGCCCCGGGGCGCUCUGGCGUGCGCGUUCGGGCCGCUGAGCCGACCAAGCUGGUCUGCGUGACCGAGGGCGGGUGCGGGGCGAACGUGAGCGAGAUCGAAAUCUCCGAGCCCAUCAUUGUCGGAACGGACGGGAGCUGCGAGUUGCAGGUCCAAGCUGACGGCGUCGCGCCGCAGCACGCGCGCCUCGAGAUGAAGGCGAAGCGUCUCAUGUGCACUGCGCUUACCUCGGACGGCACGCCCACGGACCCGGACGCCCUCCUGCCAGACACGGGGCCCUCGGCCGUGCGCCUGAACGGCUCCGAGAUCCGCGCGGGCGUCGCGUACAUGGUCGCUCCGGGUGCGCGGGUGUCGUUUGGAACGGAGGGCGCUCCGGAGUGGGAGGCGCGCUUCGAGGAGGGCGGGGGCGCCGGUGGCAUGGCCGACAUGAUGAUGCGAGGGAUGGCGAGCGCGGCGAGCGCCGAGGUCCGCGAGACGCUCGACAAGCAGCUGUGA